AGAAGAUUGCAAAGCAAUUUUUAAACAACGCUUGCAGAAUGCACUUAAAAAAAUGAAGCCGUUAAGGUUAACUGUGUUUUCGGUGGUGAAUUUGUGAUCGCUAAAGGAAACCAGACCAUAAAUGCAUAUAAAUAUUUUACUACCCCGAAUGUACCCAUUUAUAGAGACACCAAUUUAGAUAAGUGGUUCAACGGAAAAGUAGUCGAGCCUAUUAUGAGAGAUCUAAGUGAGUUUCAGGAGCAAGAUAGUGGUUGGGCGUUAAAAGCAAUUGUUAAUUUAGGUGUUAACGUUAAUAAAUAUGUACCUCAACGUGGAUCCUCUUAUAUUGAUCUCCAUUUUCAAAUAAAGAGAAAACAGGCAUGCAUAAAUGUUAAAAAUGAGGAUGAGGCGUGCUUUGCGUGGGCAGUAAUUUCAGCUUUAUUUCCGGUUGAGCAAGAUGCACAACGAGUUUCAAAAUACCCGCACUACUCGCAGGUUUUGAAAUUGAAAGGCAUCCAAUUUCCGAUGACAAUGAGGCAGAUUCCGAACUUUGAGAAACAAAACGAUAUAUCGAUUAACGUAUACAUUUUAAAAACGGAAAAGAAGAUGAUUCAGGUUUUACCAUCUUUUCUCACUGAAAAUAAAAGGACUACACACGUAAACCUUUUGUUAAUUCAAAAUAAAAGUGAGACCUCAAUUACGUCACACUUUGUAUGGAUAAAAGAUUUAUCUCGUCUUUUAUCGAAACAACUAAACUCGUGCGGCUAUAAAAACUAUUUCUGUGAUCGAUGUCUACAUUAUUUUUAUUCUGAAGAAAAACUGAGCAAUCACAUGGUAGAUUGUCUUCAAAAGAAUAAGACUGCUACAAAAAUGCCUGAAGUUGGUCAGCACAUUUUAAAAUUCAAGGAUCAUAAAUACAAAAUUAAGACUCCAUUUGUUGUCUAUGCUGAUAUGGAAAGUGUAUUGAAGCCAAUUAACGAUCGCAAAAAUAUUCAAGAACAUAUUCCUGCAGCUAUAGGAUAUUUCUUUAAAUGUAGUUAUGAUGAAAAAUUAUCAUUUUAUUGAUCGUA